AUGAUAAACAAUAUUCUAUUUAAAUUUUCUUCUUUCAAUUCUCUAUAUGGAUAAGCAAGUACAGUUAGUUUUAAAUUAUUAAAUAGAUCGAAUAAAGUAACUUUAUAGACUCAUUGGGAAGAUAAUUGUGAAUAUUACAGUCAACCUGAAUAGGCUUUUUAUUUGAAGAUUAAAAAGAUUAAAGUCAAAUUUUAAACGUUGAAAAAUGAAAUUAUCAAACAAAAAUAAAUAUUCCUGAAUAUUAUAAUUAUAAUGAAAUAAUUAAUGGAGAUCUAUAGCAUAUAUCAACUGGUAUAGAUGCAAAACUAUAUCGAAAUAUUGAUAUUGAUUUGAGUGGUAAUUUUUCAUCUUAAAAGAUAAAUCAGAAAUCUGUAGAGUCAAAGCUAAGAAUUUGGAAAUAAAUUCUGCAUUAGAAGAGAAUUAUAGAUUAAAAAUAAUGUUUCUAUUAAAAAAUUACUUAUUUCAAAAGUAACAAAUUUAUAUUAAGAAAAUGGAGAAUGUAAAAUUUAUGUAAGUUAUGUAUAAAUUAUACAAAAAAAUUUAUCCAAUUAUGUAAAAAUUCUAAUUUUUAGAAAAUAUUGCAUAAAAUAAUCAUUUUUAUAUAUAAUCAUCAGCAAAUUCUUUUAAUACAGGAAAAUUUUCAGGAAGAUUGAAAUGUAAUAUAAAAACAGAAUCAUUUUUUAUAAAAUCUUUGUCAGGAUUAUUUGAUAUCAAUUAUUCUAAAAAUGUAUAAUUAGGGAUAAAAAAUUAACAGAAUUAAGGAUUUAUCGAAGCAGAUAAUAUUAUUUUAAAUAUUUAUGAUAAAUUGAAGUUCAACAUAUUUAAUUAUGGUAAAUCAAUUUAUUAAUUUAAUGAAUCCUACUAUAAAAUAUAUAUUGAAUGUGAUAAACUUGAAUUUAGAUUAAUUAAUAAUCCUUUUGGGAUGUUAUGA